AUGGAAAAUAAGAGGAAGGCUAGCGGUGCAAAUGGCAUCGACUCGUCGGCAAAUGACUCUAAUGACCGAGCUGCUAAGCGUCGCAGACUAGUAGAGGAAUUCGGAGAUCUCAUGAAUGGUGAGACCAAAGAAUCAACUACUGCGUACGGAUUAAAUAUUUUGGAAUCAAUCAGAGCUACCACCGACAAGAAUGGCCGCCCAGUUUCACCUUACUUUGAGAAGCUUCCUUCUCGAAGCAAGGAUCCGGAAUAUUACCAGAAAAUACGCCUUCCUCUCUCCCUCGAAUCGAUCGAACAGAAGUUGAAGAAUGGCGAAUAUACCAACUUAUCUGUCCUGGAGGGCGAUCUCAAGCGUAUGGUUCAAAACGCAAAAGAGGUCAGCGAGCGCACGUCUAUGACAUUUGGCGAUGCCGAACGAGUGCGUAAAGCUGUUAGCAACUUGAUGACGAAACACAACCCUGCGUAUAAGACCGGCACCUAUACUGCCGUUGCUACUCCACUGCCACCAACCCCCGAGCCAGACGAUAAUGAAGGCGAUGAGGAUGCCGAGGGUGAAGAAGAGGAAGAGAAGGACGUCAGCGUACAAAAUGUACAAACCAGUCGGGAAACCGAUGCGGAAGAGGUAGCCCAAGACGAAGAAGCCGAAAAUGAAGAAGUUGAAGGUGAAGAGGGCGAGGAAGACGAGGAGAUUGACGAAGAGGAUGAGGAGGCCGACGAGGAUGACGAGGACGAAGAAGAUGAAGAGGAUGAAGAUGGAGAAGAUGAAGAUGGCGAGCCAGGUCCGGCAGCCCGAAAACGACGACGACCUGGUCGACCACCGAAGAAUCCUGUUGCGCACGCUCGAAAAGUCGCAGCCCGCGGACCGACGCCAGGCAAAGCUGAUACUCACUAUGAAGAGGUCUCAUACAAGGACUUGACCUUUCAACAGGCACAAGAGAAGAUUGUGGAGGAGCUACUCCGAAAAAAAGACGAUACUGGCGAAUAUCCGUAUUUCGAGCCGUUCAUCUACCUACCACCUCGAACCCUUAGGGACUACUAUGAGGUCAUCAAGGAGCCAUUGUCGCUCAAGGCGCUACAGAAACAAGUCCGAGGUCAACAUGGCAGAGGAGGGGCAACAUACGUGACUGAUUUCAAAAGCUGGGCUAGUUUUGAGGACCAGGCCAGUCUAAUCUGGAAGAACGCCUACCAUUACAACGAGGAUGGGAGUGAGAUCUCCCUUAUGGCCCAGGAGCUUGAGGAACUGUUUCAAGAACAACUAAGGGAGGCCAAGCUUCAUGUUCCAGAGCCGCCUCAGCCACAGCCAAAGAUCAAGCUGAAGAUGCCGCCCAACUCGGAGACUCCUGUACAUCCUAAGAAGAUUACCAUUCACGUUGGCGGGAAGAACAGCGCUACAGGAUCGCCGGCCCCAGUGACAGGCCAAUCCGGCGAAGGGGAGAUCACUCGCAAUGGUACACCUAUAAGUAGAAACCCCUUUGGCGGUUCGACAGCAACUUCGGUCAGCCUGAGCCAACUCGAGAAGGCCAGAAGCAUGUCCGCUUCUGCAGGCCCUCCUAGUCCGUCGGCCGCAGGGUUAACGAAGUCCGAGGAUGCCGUUCGACCGUCCCCAGCGUUCACGAACCAUCAGCAAUUCGCACCCCCGGUGAUACCCCCUGCCUCGAAUGCUCUAACUAGCGCCUUGCCGAACUCCCUACCUAACGCUAUACCAAAUGGCGCCCUUCCUACGCCGCCGCCGCCGCCGCCGCCGCCACCACCUCCACCACCACCCCCAAAGUUGUCAGCUGCAGAAAUCCUUGAAGCCCAGAAAUACCGACCGCACCCAAUCAAGGAAUCAGAAGCUAUCAUGCCUAAGCUUAUCAUCAUGUCUCAUCCUGAACUCCAAAUUGAGAAUCGAAUGCCAAUCACGAUUCCGGCUAGUCUUACUGAAACCCAACAAGAGUUUGUUCUGAAUGCCCCUACCAGUUAUUACCGGCUCCGACUUAAGCCAGAGGUGGCACCAUUCUUGGAGGCUCAACAGCGUGAAUGGAAAUUGAAUGUGAUACAUAAUGGUGCGCGUCUAUACCCUCCCCAAAGUCAGCCUAACAAACCAGGCGAGCCGGUUUUCGACGUUACUCUACAGUUUGGCCUUAAUCGCCUCGAAGUAUCUCUAGUAGCAGCUCUCCCGAAAGGCCAGAAGGCACCCAACGGAUUAACUAUGGAAAUGGAGAAGUUUGUAGUACAUUUUAACGUACUCAGACAUUGA